GUCUUUCAAGCACUUUCAUCUUCGCCUCAAUCACCAUGUUCGCUCGUCUCUCCUCAGUCAUCGUCGUCUGCACCCUCGCCGCGUCGGCCAUGGCAGCCCCCAGCUCUCAAACCGGUGACGCCAUCGCGUGCGGCAACGGGGGCACCCUGCAGUGCUGCAACACGGUUGAAAGCAGCAACAAUUUGAGCGGGGCGCUCGCUGGCCUCCUCACACUCUUGGGGGUCGACAUCAGCAAGCUGACCGGUCAGGUUGGCGCUUCCUGCACAGGAAUUAACGUCAUCGGUGUUGGCGGAGGUACCAGCUGCUCCAACCAACCAGUCUGCUGCACCGGUAACAACUUCAGUGGUGUCGUCGCCAUUGGCUGCACUCCCAUCAACAUCUCCCUCUAAUGGAGCACCGCACCCUUCAACGCAUUACUUCGACCUUCGUCGCGCUGCUUCGAUGUCGACUUGAAGGUCGUUAGAUAGCCGUCAUGUUAUUUCAGACUGGUUAGGACAAUGGACAUCAUGUAGUUUUGUGCGAUUAAAAAUUCGCUUCCACC